UUAUCGUCUGAGCGAGACGUGCUUUCUAGUGGCUUUGUUUAAGGUUUUAUCAAGUUCUCGAAUUAAAGAGAAAAAAAAAAAAACAACAACAGGAAGCGCUCAACAUGAUUCGCCUGACCUUGCCGUUGAUUGCGAUGUUGAUUUGGGACGCCGUUGAGGCCCAGAACGUUCUCGGGAGCAUGAUGUGGCCGUCGUACUCGGGGAUCAACGCUCAGCUGGGAAUGGCUGGAGCUGCUGAGGAACCGUGCUCAACUGGAGACUUAAAAUUUGGCUACCAGUGGAAGUACGGUCAGGACUUCAAAGUACAACUGAACAAAUGCUGUGAUCAGUACCGCCAGGAAGGGGACGAAUGUGUUGCAUUGUGUGAAAAUUGUUACAAUGGGUUUUGCAAUGUCCCAAACGACUGCAUUUGUAAUAGCAACUACCACAAAAAUCUUGAUUCUAAUCGAUGUGAGCCAAAUACGUUAGAACAGUGUAAACUAAGCUGUGAAAAUGGGUUCUGUGACGAUGAAGCAAGGUGUCAUUGCGAUGGAGGAUUCUUCUUAGGGAAGGACGGUAGAUGUACGAAAGAUAAAGAGGACAUUAUUUUUUGCGUGAAAAUCAUUCGUAAGGGAAAGGUAUGUCUCACCCGGGGAAAAAAGUCCAGAAUUGAUGAUGUGUAUGAAUGAAAAAUAAAGUUUAUUAAAAAUAAAUUAAAUCAACUC